CAAAGGGUUUCAUUGCAAUAAGAAUCAAGGUGUGUCUCAUUUCUUACCCAGAGCCCAAACAAUGCCAGCCUUCCAGACCAGCCCAGGAGUUUGGGGUGGGGAAAUAGAGUCAUCAUAGGCUAUCUUCAUCCCUCUGCUCAGAGAGGACCAGAGUUAUCACCCAUGCCCUCCUAAAAGGGUGCCUCAAAGCACAUCCUGCUGCAGAGGCAGAUUCAAACCCCAGAAGCUAGGACUACAACUGACUCUCGCUGGGAUCCUAUGCAAGAGGACUUGAAGGAAUGGACUACCUCCUUUUCAGAAACAUUGGCCUUUUGAUCAUUCUAAUGGUAGUCCUGGAAUUAAACAGUGAAUUUAUUGUUGAGGUAAAGGAAUUAGACAUUGAAAAUGGCACCACAAAAUGGCAAACCGUCAGAAGACAGAAGCGAGAGUGGAUCAAGUUUGCUGCCGCCUGCAGAGAGGGAGAGGACAACUCCAAGAGGAACCCGAUUGCCAGAAUCCGAUCUGACUGUGAAGCGAACCAGAAGAUUACAUACCGCAUUUCUGGAGCAGGGAUUGACCGACCACCUUACGGCGUGUUCACCAUUAACCCUCGCACAGGAGAAAUUAACAUCACUUCAGUGGUGGACAGAGAGAUAACCCCACUUUUCCUGAUCUAUUGCCGAGCUCUAAAUUCACGGGGUGAAGAUUUGGAAAGGCCUCUGGAGCUUAGAGUCAAAGUGAUGGACAUAAAUGAUAACGCUCCAGUUUUUACGCAAAAUGUGUACAUGGCCAGCAUUGAAGAAAACAGUGAAGCCAAUUCACUGGUGGUAAAGUUAAGUGCCACCGAUGCAGAUGAAGACAAUCAUCUGAAUUCCAAAAUUGCCUACAAGAUCAUCUCUCAAGAGCCUGCAGGUGCACCAAUGUUCAUUUUGAACAGAUACACUGGAGAAGUCCGCACGAUGUCCAAUUUUCUUGACAGAGAGCAACACAGUAUGUACAACCUGCUUGUGAGGGGCUCAGAUCGGGAUGGAGCUUCGGAUGGACUCUCUUCAGAAUGUGACUGCAGAAUCAAGGUUUUAGAUGUCAACGACAAUUUCCCUGUCUUGGAGAAGACUUCGUAUUCAGCAAGUAUUGAAGAAAAUUGUUUAACUUCAGAACUGAUACGACUGCAAGCAAUUGAUCUUGAUGAAGAAGGCACCGAUAAUUGGUUGGCAAAAUAUUCAAUUCUCUCUGGAAAUGAUGGCGAAUGGUUUGACAUUCAAACAGACCCAAAGACGAAUGAAGGCAUUUUGAAAGUCGUCAAGAUGCUGGAUUACGAACAAGCACCUAAUGUUCAUCUUAGUAUUGGAGUUAAAAACCAAGCUGAUUUUCACCACUCAGUGGCUUCUCAAUUUCGAAUGCAGUCAACCCCUGUGAGAAUUCAGGUUGUUAAUGUGAGAGAAGGACCCAUAUUUCAUCCAAGUUCUAUGACUUUCAGUGUGCGGGAAGCAAAAACUGGAGAUUCCUUAUCGAACUAUGUGCUUGGCACAUAUACAGCCAUAGACCUGGACACAGGAAAUCCUGCUACAAAUGUCAGGUAUAUCAUAGGGCACGAUGCAGGCAACUGGUUAAAAAUUGAUUCAAGGACUGGUGAGAUACAGUUUUCCAGGGAAUUUGAUAAGAAGUCAAAAUAUAUUACCAAUGGGAUAUACACAGCAGAGGUCCUGGCUAUAGAUGAUGGUUCUGGGAAAACUGCUACAGGAACCAUAUGCAUCGAGAUUCCUGAUGUCAAUGAUUACUGCCCUGUAAUUUUUCCGGAAAGCAGAUACGUCUGCACCACUUCUGCAUCGGUCAUCAUUUACGUUAGGGAUCAUUCUUACGGUUCGCCCUUCACCUUCUGUGUUGUUGAUGAGCCGCCAGGAACAGCUGACUUGUGGGAUAUCAGAUCAAUAAAUGGUACCUCUGCGAUCCUUACCACUGAGCAGUUUUUAUCUCCAGGACCUUUCCAAAUCCCAAUCCUGGUUAAGGACAGCUUUAACCGAGCGUGUGAAUUGCCGCAGUACAUACAGUUGCAGGCCUGCGAUUGUGAUGACAACCUGUGUGUGCUCUCUAGCACCACAGGCAUCUACACUGAGGACAUCAGCUUAGUCACCAACGAUAUGGAUGGGUCUGACUCUGAUGACCGGAUAGGGGCUUCCAACGUUGGUAUGGGACCAGCGGGAAUUGGCAUGAUGGCUGUGGGCGCCUUACUACUGCUGUGUUCACCGCUCUUGCUGCUUAUGUGUUGCUGCAAACGAAGGCAGCCGGGAGGGCUGGGGACGCAGUUUGCUCCUGUGCCGGAGGGAGGAGAAGGCGUGAUGCAGUCUUGGAGAAUAGAAGGGGCGCAUCCCGAGGACAGGGAUGUGUCAAAUAUAUGUGUUCCCAUGACAGCCUCUAACACCCAGGAUCGCAUUGAUUCUUCUGAGAUUUACAACAACACCUAUGCAGGUGGAGGAACAGUUGAAGGGGGAGUAUCAGGAGUGGAACUCAAUACAGGUCUUGGGACAGCUGCUGGCCUGGUGGCUGGAGGGGCAGUGGGCACCACAAGGAAAAGGAGCUCCACCAUGGGAACUCUGCGGGAAUAUGCAGACACUGGCGUGAACAUGGCUUUUCUGGACAGCUACUUCACAGAGAAAGCAUAUGCCUAUGCGGAUGAAGAUGAAGGUCGGCCUGCAAAUGACUGCUUGCUCAUUUAUGACCAUGAAGGAGUAGGCUCUCCUGUAGGCUCUAUUGGUUGUUGCAGUUGGAUUGUGGAUGACUUAGAUGAAAGCUACAUAGAAACCUUAGAUCCAAAAUUUAGGACUCUUGCUGAGAUCUGCUUAGAUACAGAAAUUGAACCCUUUCCUUCCCAUCAGGCCUGCAUACCUAUCAGUACUGACCUUCCUUUGCUUGGACCAAAUUAUUUUGUUAAUGAAUCUUCAGGAAUGAGUCUCUCAGAGGCUGAAUUCCAAGCAGAAAUGGCAGCAUCUGAACCCGUGAUUCACGGGGACAUCAUAGUGACUGAGACUUACACUACUGCUGAUCCAUGUGUACAACCCACUACAAUUGUCUUUGAUCCUCAGCUUGCACCCAACGUGGUAGUAACUGAAACAGUAAUGGCACCUGUGUAUGAUGUCCAAGGGAAUAUCUGCGUACCUGCUGAGUUAGCCAACACACACAAUGUGUACUAUGCUGAGAGGGUAUUAUCUAGUCCUGGUGUGACCGAUGUGAGCAGUAAUAGCGUGGCUGAGGAUUGUAUGAGACCUGUAAUGAGUGGCAGUAUUUUGGUAGGGCCAGAAAUUCAAGUGACACGAGUGGUGAGUCCAGACAUUCACAUUAGCCAAACCCUUGGCUCCACAUCUCCAAUGACAUCGCGACACAGAGUAACACGCUACAGUAACAUACAUUACUCCCAACAGUAAGUGCUUUAUGGUCAAUAUUCUGUAUUAAGACCUUGUACCUUAUAAUCAUUGAUAAAUCACUCAAAGAUGUAUAAUGUACUAUAAUUGACAUUCUAGCAGUCAACCUUGUUCAACUAUUCUAAGUUCAAUGUUGCUCAUUUUGUGGGUAAAUAUGCUAAGCACUUUAGAUUGAGGUUUUAAGUAAUGCUCAAAAAACUUGAAGAAAAUGUUUUGUAUCCUUUAAUAUCUUAUAAAUCGCACAUAAUUCACUUGGCAAUUCCUACAGGUCUCUAGACUUGUAGAAAGAGUUGCAUAAACCAAGAUGCUCUUGUUCUUGAAAGUAAAAAAAAAAAAGUUUUGUCUGCAUCUACCAGCUAUGUCUUUCUUUAAAGAAAUACUUCUUUUUUUUUUUAAGGGAAAGAGUUUAUUGGGGAAAACCCAAAAGACUGGAGGGAAGGGGCAAAGAGGGAAAAGAGAGAGAGGAAGAGAGAGAGCCAUGUGUUCAGGAACAGGUCCUCUUAAACCUUUGCCAGGGGGCGGGCAGGGAAGUAGGAUCAGUGAAUCCCAUUAGGAUGGAGGUAGAGCUGACUCCGGUAGUUGGACCAUGGGGUCACCUGGCUUCCAGCCAUGGCGGCAGAAGCUAGAGCCUAGGAUGGUGUCUGGUGUGGAGAUCACGCCAUAGAGAAAUAUUUCUCUUACAACCUUUAAUUUAGAAAAUAAUGAAUGAAAUGUAAAUAAAUGAAAAGAAACGGAAAAGGGAUGUGGAGUAUCUGUCAAUAGAUGUCUGAAGUCAUUUGUCUCUUCAAUUUCUCAAGAAAGUUAAUAUUAAGCAACAGGGAUUGUUUAAAAUAAUAAUUUACUAAACUGAAUGUAUCACUGGAAAUGGUUCCUCAAAAGGAAAUAUAUUUAUGAAUUUUUGUUGCACUUUAUUGGGUAUAUAUCAUUAACUGUAGAUGAAUUAAAAAUAGUACGAAAGGAACUAUGACAACCUCUUGUAGAAAUAAAGCUUAAGAAGUAUCACUGUUUGUCCCCCUUACAGAGAAUUUUUCCCCUACUUUUGCUAAUUGUGUCAGAAAAAAAAUAGGUGAAAUGGGUUUAAUCAGCUUCAUUGACCUGAAUCACAGAGAAUUUUGACAAUCAAAAUUCUCCGAAAGCAUUUCUGAAGUUGUUCAGAUAGUAAACAGUAUUCACUUAGAGAAUAUUAGGCGUUAAGUGCUCUUCUUUCUUUCCUCUGUGAAUCUAUAGGUGAAAACAAUUUUCUGUAUUCAUGGAGUUUCUAAUUCAUGUCCAGACUUAGAACUCUGGGAUAUGGUUUUUGAGUUCUGACCAAAAGUAACUAACAAAAUAUUUAAGUCCACUGCAAACUUAUGUUUCUAUUUCUAAUGCUGGUAUUUAUUUUGAAUGAAUGCAACAAAAACACAUGCAAAGUUUGCUUGAUUUUAGCAGACACAAAGCUGGCUUAACAAAAAGAUUCAAUCAAGGUAGUUUAAUUCUGUAAAAUAUGUAAACUAUGUUGUAGUGACUUUAAUGUGACUAGAAGUCGUGUAAAUGAAAUAAGCUUAUUCCUUUUGGAAAGAAAUGAUUGUAGCAAUUCCUGCAUAAUUUUUGUUCCUUUAUGAAUAAAACUAUUGUAGAAUUUGAGGUGUUUCUCAUAAUCUGCCAGUUCCCUUAUUUAAUAGACAAGAGAUCUAGAAAUACAGAGGUUAAACAGCUACAACAAGUUAUUUAACCAGAAGUGAUACAAAACAUUGAACUCAUUACUCAGAUGUCCUGGCCAGUGAUAAAGUCUUUGCUAUAUUCUAAUUGGAAGCAAAACUAUAUCUUUUUAAAAGCAAUAGGAUUAGAACAUUGCAAUGUUGGAUGAUUACUUACAUAUUCUCUAAUAUUUUCCAAACUAUGUGUAUUGUCAACUAUUAUAACCAUUCUUUAACUAUUCUCAUCAAACUUUCUACUACAUUUCACCACUCUGUAACUUGAUGAAAUCCAUGGGAUAGCCAAGAUGCACGAUCAUUUUAACAGUCAACAAUCAGACACAUAGCAUGGUGUAUACACUCAAUUCUGUAGCACAUCCCUACGUGGACAUUUCUCUCUUAAAAUUCACAUUCUAUUGGGCCAAUAAUUCUAAGCAUUAUGAAAUAAUAGGUUAAUAAUUAAUGUAAAGCAUGGGGCCAAAACUGAAAACACUGAGAUUUGUGAUAUGGAGAAUAAAACAGUAUUAAGUACUUAACUAAGAGAUUGAAAUUCUAAAAGGAGGUGAUACCACUUGUAAAAAUAAAGACAAGGGACUGACACUGUGGCACAGCAGGUUAAAGCUUUGGCCUGCAGCACCAGCAUCCCAUGUGGGCACUGGUUCAAGUCCCAGCUGCUCUGCUUCCAAUCCAGCUUCUUGCAAAUGUGCCUGGGAAAGCAAUGGAAGAUGGCUCAAGUGCUUGGGUCUCUGCACCCAUGUUGGGGACCUGGAAGAAGUUCCUGGCUCCUGGCUUUGGAUCAACCCAACUCCAAACAUUGUAGCCAUUUGGGGAGUGGAGCAGUAAAUGGAAGACCUCUCUCUCUAUCUCUGCUCUUUCUGUAACUCUGUCUUUCAAAUAAAUAACAUAAAUAUUAAAAAAAAAA